CGGGAAUGCGCAGCGGACGGGCCGGACAGAGGCCGGGCGGGCCCUCGAGGGGGAGGCCCGGACGCCAUCUCCGCCGGCGAACUCCGGGGCCCACCGACCUCCCAGCAACGCCUCUCUUCCCCAGGGCGAUCACAUCCAGGAUACCAAGUUACAUUUAGUCAUCGUGUCUCCUUAGGCCCUCUUGACUGUAACAGUUUCUCAAACUUUCCUUAUUUUCUGUAUCCUAAACCUCAGUUUCCUCCUUACGUCUCCCUGUAGUCAAGCAGUAUUCUGGGCCAAGAGAUUCUGAGAGGACUUCCAGAUUUGGGGGUGAAGUAGUGGGUGAGAAUCCCCUCGCCCCUUCUCUAGCUCGACUUCUCCCACCUCAAGGCUGACCGCCACCGGCCCCGCCUCCUCAGAGUAAAAUCAUGAAGGUGGUGAACCUGAAGCAAGCCAUUUUGCAAGCUUGGAAGGAGCGAUGGAGUGACUACCAGUGGGCAAUCAACAUGAAGAAAUUCUUUCCCAAAGGAGCCACCUGGGACAUUCUCAACCUAGCAGAAGCACUCCUGGAGCAGGCCAUGAUUGGACCUUCCCCCAAUCCUCUCAUCCUGUCCUACCUGAAGUAUGCCAUUAGUUCCCAGAUGGUGUCCUACUCCUCUGUCCUCACAGCUAUCAGUAAGUUUGAUGACUUUUCCCGGGACCUGUGUGUCCAGGCUUUGCUGGAUAUCAUGGACAUGUUUUGUGACCGACUGAGCUGUCACGGCAAAGCGGAGGAGUGCAUCGGGCUGUGCCGGGCCCUUCUCAGCGCCCUCCACUGGCUGCUGCGCUGCACCGCAGCCUCUGCAGAGCGGCUCCGGGAGGGGCUGGAGGCUGGCACCCCAGCGGCUGGUGAGAAGCAGCUUGCCAUGUGCCUGCAGCGCCUGGAGAAGACCCUCAGCAGCACCAAGAACCGGGCCCUGCUCCACAUCGCCAAACUAGAGGAGGCCUCAUUGCAUACAUCCCAGGGACUUGGGCAGGGUGGCACCCGAGCCAAUCAACCAACAGCCUCCUGGACUGCCAUCGAGCAUUGUCUCUUGAAGCUUGGGGAGAUCCUGGCCAGCCUCAGCAACCCCCAGCUCCGGAGCCAGGCUGAGCAGUGUGGCACGCUCGUUAGGAGCAUCCCCACCAUGCUGUCCGUGCACUCUGAGCAGCUGCACAAGACUGGCUUCCCCACCGUCCACGCAGUGGUCCUGCUGGAGGGCACCAUGAACCUGACCGGCGAGACGCAGCCCCUGGUGGAACAGCUGAUGAUGGUGAAACGCAUGCAGCAUAUCCCCACCCCGCUCUUUGUCCUGGAGAUCUGGAAAGCCUGCUUCGUGGGCCUCAUCGAGUCUCCUGAGGGCACGGGGGAGCUCAAGUGGACAGCUUUCACUUUCCUGAAGAUUCCACAGGUUUUGGUGAAGUUGAAGAAAUACUCCCAUGGGGACAAGGACUUUACUGAGGAUGUCAAUUCUGCUUUUGAGUUCCUGCUGAAGCUCACACCCUUGCUGGACAAAGCUGACCAGCGCUGCAACUGUGACUGUACAAAUUUCCUACUCCAAGAAUGUAGCAAGCAGGGGCUUCUGUCUGAAGCCAGUACGAACAACCUCAUGGCCAAGCGCAAAGCAGACCGGGAGCACGCACCCCAGCUGAAAUCAGAUGAAAAUGCCAACAUCCAGCCCAACCCCGGGCUGAUCCUCCGCGCGGAGCCCACCGUCACCAACAUCCUCAAAACAAUGGAUGCAGACCACUCCAAGUCCCCGGAGGGGCUGCUAGGGGUCCUGGGCCACAUGCUGUCUGGGAAGAGCCUGGACUUGCUGCUGGCUGCUGCUGCGGCCACUGGGAAGCUUAAGUCCUUUGCCCGGAAAUUCAUCAAUUUGAACGAAUUCACGACACACCGCACUGAAGAAAGCACCAAGGCGGCCUCAGUUCGAGCCUUGCUCUUUGACAUCUCCUUUCUCAUGCUGUGCCACGUGGCCCAGACCUAUGGCUCAGAGGUGAUCCUGUCCGAGUCAAACACGGGAGGAGAGGUGUUCUUCUUUGAGACCUGGAUGCAGACUUGCAUGCCCGAGGAGGGAAAAAUCCUGAACCCUGACCACCCCUGCUUCCGGCCCGACUCCACCAAAGUGGAGUCCCUGGUGGCUCUGCUCAACAAUUCCUCGGAGAUAAAGCUGGUGCAGAUGAAGUGGCAUGAAGCCUGUCUCAACAUUUCGGCGGCCAUCUUGGAAAUCCUCAAUGCCUGGGAGAAUGGGGUGCUGGCCUUUGAGUCCAUCCAGAAAAUCACCGAUAACAUCAAGGGGAAGGUGUGUAGCUUGGCAGUGUGUGCUGUGGCCUGGCUUGUGGCCCACGUGCGGAUGCUGGGGCUGGACGAGCGUGAGAAGUCGCUGCAGAUGAUCCGCCAGCUGGCAGGGCCGCUGUACAGCGAGAACACCCUGCAGUUCUACAACGAGAGGGUGGUGAUCAUGAGCUCCAUCCUGGAGCAUAUGUGUGCGGAUGUGCUGCAGCAGACGGCCACACAGAUCAAGUUCCCGUCCACGGGCAUGGACACCAUGCCCUACUGGAACCUGCUGCCCCCCAAGCGACCCAUCAAGGAGGUGCUGACGGACAUAUUUGCUAAGGUGCUGGAGAAGGGAUGGGUGGACAGUCGCUCCAUCCACAUCUUUGACACCCUGCUGCACAUGGGAGGCGUCUACUGGUUCUGCAACAACCUGAUUAAGGAGCUGUUGAAGGAGACGCGCAAGGAGCACACGCUACGGGCGGUGGAGCUGCUCUACUCCAUCUUCUGUCUGGACAUGCAGCAAGUGACCCUGGUCCUGCUGGGCCACAUCCUGCCUGGCCUGCUCACCGACUCCUCCAAGUGGCACAGCCUCAUGGACCCCCCUGGCACCGCUCUCGCCAAGCUGGCCGUCUGGUGUGCCCUGAGUUCCUACUCUUCCCACAAGGUGCAGGCGUCCUCCCGCCAAAAGAAGAGACAGCGUGAAGACAUCGAGGAUUACAUCAGCCUCUUCCCCUUGGAUGACAUGCAGCCCUCGAAGCUGAUGCGACUGCUGAGCUCCAAUGAGGAAGAUGCAAAUAUCCUUUCGAGUCCCAGUGAGGGCUCCCGUGGGCGGCGGUUGGAACGCAGGAGGCCGUUGCCGCAGUGCCCCCUCACUUGCCCCAUAGCGGACCGGUCCAUGAGCAGCUCCCUGUCAGCCUCCCAGCUCCACACGGUUAACAUGAGGGACCCGCUGAACCGAGUCCUGGCCAACCUGUUCCUGCUCAUUUCCUCCAUCCUGGGGUCUCGGACCGCCGGUCCCCACACGCAGUUUGUGCAGUGGUUCAUGGAGGACUGCGUGGGCUGCCUGGAGCAGGGCGGCCGAGGCAGCAUCCUGCAGUUCAUGCCCUUUACCACCGUAUCGGAACUGGUGAAGGUGUCAGCCAUGUCCAGCCCCAAGGUGGUUCUGGCCAUCACGGACCUCAGCCUGCCCCUGGGCCGCCAGGUGGCUGCCAAAGCCAUUGCCGCCCUCUGAGGGGCUUGGAGUGACCGCAGGGGCUGGCAGGGAGGGUCCCAGCCCCGGGCGCCUCAGAAAAGGACGUGUGGAAAGAUGAGACAUCAUUGCUCAUAUCCACAUGAUGUAACCGCCCUCGGUCGGUUUCCAGAUCUUUCCCUUGCUCCUGACUCCUGACCUCUAAGACGGCUCCCAGUUUCUUUCAUAAUUUCCUUCCCCACUGCCAGUACCUGAUGCGUGUGAGCAGCCUGGUUCCUCGACUCAGGGCGGUCUCACUGCAGCCCUCCCGCCCGACCCCUGUGCGCGCCUCCCGCUUCCAAGAGUGGGUUUACCUCCGGGGAACUUGAUAGGUGCAGGGUAUGUGUGUAUAUAUAUAUUAUCUCUUUUUACACGAGGUGUGUUCACCUCGCUGGCUUGUAAAUAAAGACCUCGUG